UGGAUUUUCGUGCUUGAAAUUAGUGGUCAGAGCCGUGUCAGUUCUAGUUUAGAUAUGAGUUCAAAAAUACGGCAUGAUGAUCAGGGUUUGAAGAAAAUAAAGAGUUUGGCAGCCAAAUGGCAGUCGAAACAAUCAGCUUCAUUCAAACCUAGUUAUGUCCAAGAAGUAUACCAGCUAAUUACACAACCGGACUGUUUGAAAAUAUACCAAUUGCUUUAUAAUACUUGUUUUUUCUCUAAUUUUUUAUGGAAGUUUUACCAUGAAGAUAUCACAAACAAUCACCUUGAAUUGAUAUUACUUAUUGCAGUAUAUGAAAUAGAAAACGAAGAUGCAAGUUUGAUCAUUGAACAGAUUUUGGAUCAAGACACGGACAGGUUUGAUUUGUUUUUGAAGAGAAUUCUCGUCAUCUGCUUGAAUGCUAAUGCCGAGUACCAUUUGAGGAGAAGUAUUUUACUUUUCAUCACUAAAUUGGUUACUGUCCAAUUAUCGAAUAAAACAGUGAAACAAACGGUUGGUCCGUUGUUUGACAUUAGUAUUUUGUCCAACUUACAAGAUCUGUCGCAAGUAAUACUUCCUGGUUUGAAAGAUGAAUACGAAGACUGCAUUAAAAACAAACAAAAUCCGGUUGCAAAAUUGAAACAACGAUGGUUAUACGGCUUGAUUACAGAUUUUAUGAAGAGCACUUUACUGUUUGACGAACUAUCGAAACAUGAGCAAGUUGGUUAUUUGGAGUACCUGAGGGCCUUGUUACUUUUUCUAACGUCGUUGGUAUCUCAAUUGCCAUUAAGAAUAUACUCAGCUAGUCUAAUACGUGAGGUGCAGUUUGCAUCAUGCUUUGAUAAGAAUUUAAAUUCACUAGAUGAAUACAUUGCCUUGCUCAAUAGCUUCCUUCAUUAUCCCGUUGAUGAUUUCACUGGCGAAAUCAAGAAAAAUGAUUUCGAGUCAAAUUUCGAAACCUUACAAGCUGAAUUUUUUUCAUUGGAUUCAAGACUCGCUGGUAUAUCGGCCAAGCCAUCAAUACAUAAUUAUGAACCGGAAGAAUUAGUUGGGCUUUUAGAUGCUUUCUCGUCAGAUACUCUUCAGCAAAUAAUGAAGAAUUUGGGUCUUUCCAGGAAUAUUAGUCCCAAUUUUCUUAAUCGCAAAGGCUUCUUGAUUAAUGUGUUAAUGAACUAUGUCAGUCCUCGAAUCAACUCGGUCAACUCCAGCUCGCUAUAUGCUAUUGGGGAGAAGAAUGUAAUUGAUCCAUUCAUUAGUGAUGCUAAGGUUGAAUUCCCUGCUUAUUUGCCACUACCAUUGAUUAAAGGGAGUCAGUUUCUUUCAAUCGAUGACUUUAUCCAGCGUCACGUAGAAAUAUCAUUAUAUGAAGUAUACAAGGACAUUUUUGCGAAUAUUGAGAGAAGUAUUACGUCUAUCAAUGUUAUCGAUGCACCACUGCGUAAUUACAAGGGAACUUCAAAAAGUAUUACUGCAGUUUAUGUUAAAAAUAGCAAGAACGACCUUGAAAUAGAUAUCAAGCAUAAUAAUUCGUUCAGGAAAAUGAAGGAUCAGAAAGUGAUAUUGAUGGAAUUACAAAAUAGAAAUGCGUCUUCGCCUCAUGCUAGACUUAAGAAGCUUGGUAUUUCGUUAAUCCGCUUGGGGAGAGUCAUGAGCCAGAAUGAAGGCUCUUGUAAAGUUUGGAUUCAAGAAGCUGAUCGCAGUAUUAGAGAACGAUUCAACUUUAUGAUAAAACUUGACGAGGAAACAUUACAGAGGAUAGAGCAUUGCGAGGAACUAUUAAAGCGUCUUGGCAAUGAUCAGAUACCUCUGUAUAUGAACCAAUUAUUUUUAGGAUACGGAUCAGCUAAAAAAUCGUAUUCUCCAUUAAAAGAUACUGAAGUCACGCUAACUGGGGUUGACUUAACAGUCGAGAAUGCAGCUAAAAGACAAAAACAAGACGAUAGUAAGAAGCCAAAGAGCCAAGGUCCAUUUAAGGUGCAUUUUCUAUCUGAUGGAUCAACUGAGAUAUCUAGUUGCAAGACCAUUCUUCCGCCACAAGCCGGAUCUUUGGACCAAGACCAGACGUCUGUAUUAUUGAAAGCAUUGGGUCAUGGUGUCACUUUAGUGACCCUGCAAAAAAACCCCAUCCAGAUGAUCAAGAGAAUCUGCGACUCGAUAACGGUGAACUUCGAAGAGAAAAAUCUAGUCGUUGUUGGAAAUGAUGAGAAGCUUAGUAUCAACAGCUUAGACUGGGUUCAGCUCAGCGAUACCGGUGUUGACAAGUAUCUCAGGUAUGCCAUGGAGCAAAACCAAAAGUAUUUGGAUCAGGUUGAGCACAUAAGCAAGAGGAUGAACUUGGGCGAUUUUGGGUAUCACCAGAGCAAUGGUAAUGCGAUUUUGUUGUACCACAGCCAUAUCCAGCCUCGCUGGAAACAGUUUGUUAGAAGAAUCCAAGACAACCUGGCCAUUGAAGACUGGGUGCGAGAACUUGUAUUCCUUGAACAAUCAAACGAUUUGGAGAAUAUCAUCCGACAAUAUAUCUCGUUGAGUGGGAUAUUCUCCAACUUACAGAAACUCGAUCCCCUCGUCAAGCUUCACCAGAAUAAGUCUCCAAAGACUGAGUUCACCAAGCUUAUAUGUAAUAUAAGCCUGAAUUUCGUUAUUCCGUCUGGCAAUUACCAAACCUACAAAGCACAACUCCCCCCGUGUCACAACGUCAUCACCGUCCAGCACGACACCCUGCUUACCCCUUACAUCCUCCCGUUGCUCGAGCAUGGUGGCAAGCGGUUCAUUCAUUUUGCAACCACCAACACCGGGCUCUGCCAGCGGCUCACCACCGGCAAAGUUGCCCCCAUAUAAACCCGUGCAUCCCUCCGCAGAAUACACACCCGUGCAUCUUUCUUGCCCCGUUUAAUCAGACAAUUGUAACUGGCCCAUCUUUUCAAGCCAUUUCCAGGAAUGGGUACCCUUAGAUAAGAUAGAGCAAAGAACAAAUCAGGCAUGUGUCAACAGAUAACCCUUUAUCAGAAUUAUCUAUUUAAUCCUAUCCCGUUAUUUGUGUAGUAUUUCCUUUUCAGAAGGUCUGUUUAGUAGCUCAAUU